AUGUCCCGUGAGCAGUUUUUGGACAACCCUAUGAACGAAGACUAUGAUGCUUCCUUUCUCGACCACGGUUUUUACAAGGAAAACCUAAAACCUGAAAUGCUCAGCGGUCCGACAGGAUACGUUGGACCAAACCGGUUGAACAAUACAUUCCAACACUGUCGGAUGGCUCCGAUUCGCCCGAAAGGCGAAUAA